AUGAAGAAUUUCCUCAUUCUCUCGGGUCUCCUGGCCCAGGGAGUUCUUGGGAACAUCCAUUUCCAUAGAGAACCCACAGUCUGUGGAGAUGCGUGCCCUCGUGGUGAGGUCUGCACUCCUGAUGAGCCUUACUGCGUACGCGAUGCACACUACCUUUUUGCUCGUAUGCCCAACCCAAUUCCUGCUCCUGGUGAUUUCUCUACCACCGGCCAAUGUGGACCUGCCAAUGGUGGUCUGAUUUGCAACCCGGCGGCCACCUCUUAUACUGGAACAUGCUGCUCUCAAUAUGGAUGGUGUGGAAAUACACCUGCUCACUGUGGAACUGGUUGUACAUCUGGUUGCACUGGAACUGGUACUACCACUACCACUCCCCCGGCCGCCACAUCUGCUGCAGCUGUUCCCAGAGCCGAUGGUCGUUGCGGAACAGAUUUCGCCGGUGCAACUUGCGCGGGAUCUACCUUUGGAACAUGCUGUAGUCAAUAUGGAUACUGCGGUGCCACUGAUGGUCACUGCUUGGCUUCAAAUGGGUGUCAAUCUGGAUGCACUGGAACCCCUCCAGUCUCUUCUACUCCCCCCGCCACUUCUUCUGCGCCUGCAACUGCUCCCAGAGCCGAUGGUCGUUGCGGAACAGAUUUCGCUGGCGCAACUUGUGCGGGAUCUGCUUUUGGGACAUGCUGCAGUCAAUACGGAUACUGCGGUACCACUGAUGGUCACUGCUUGCCUGCUAGUGGGUGCCAAUCUGGGUGUACAGGAACUACCCCUGUCACUCCUGUUGAAAGCAGCACCACUACUGGAGAACCUGUCCUCGGAUCUCCUACCCCAUCUGCCGUUCCUGUCGGACCUCCUAGCACUGAUGGUACUUGCGGUCAUAGCAACACACCCGCAUAUACCUGCACUGGCUUCGCCCUGGGAGAGUGCUGUUCUAUGUACGGUUUCUGCGGUAACACUGAUACUCACUGUGGUGACGGAUGCCAAUCAGACUCCUCUAUUGGAACAGAUGGAACUCAAAAGUGCAAAAAUGGAGGAUCAACACCUGCGCCCGGUCCAUCUCCUGCUCCUAUCACAAACAGCGGUGCCUUCGCAGUCGUGGGACAGUCCGGUGUUCCGGUCAUGCACGCCGGUCUUAUGCCUAAUGGUCGCGUUAUCUUCUUGGACAAGGUUGAGAACUACACUCAGCUAAGGCUACCAAACGGCCAGUAUGCAUACUCCUCCGAGUAUGACCCCGUAAGCAAUACUGUCGUCCCCUUGAGUUACAAGACCAACGCCUUCUGCGCUGGAGGUAUCUUCCUUGCAAACGGUGACUUUGUUUCUCUUGGUGGCAAUGGUCCUUUGGAUUUCAUCGACCCUACUGUCACGGAUGGAUUUGAUGCUAUUCGCUACAUCAGCCGUUCUUCUUCUGAUGCUAGUCUUAAUGGCCAGAGCUGGAGGGAGCCCGGUAACAAGUUGGCUAGCAAGCGUUGGUAUGCAUCUGCUCAGAUCUUGGCUGAUGGCAGAAUCUUUGUUGCAUCUGGAAGUUUGAAUGGACUCGACCCUACUGUUCCUGCCAACAACAACCCUACCUAUGAGAUCCUUAGUCCCGCCGGUAUUUCUGAGGGAAAUAAUAUUGACAUGGAGAUUUUGGUCAAGAACCAGCCUUACUACAUGUAUCCUUUCAUGCAUCUCCUCAAAGAUGGUCAACUUUUUGUCUUCACUUCCAAGUCCUCAGAUAUUUUCAACGUUGUUACCAAUGCCAUCACCAAGGUUAUGCCUGAUCUUCCUGGCGAUUACCGAACUUACCCCAAUACUGGCGGAAGUGUUCUGUUACCUCUCUCAAGCGCAAGCAACUGGAACUCAAAGGUUAUGAUCUGUGGUGGUGGAGCUUACCAAGAUAUCACUGCUCCCACCGAAGCCAGUUGCGGUGUAAUCUCUCCUGAAGCUGCCAACCCUACCUGGGAAAUGGAUGCUAUGCCAGCUGGCCGUGUCAUGGUGGAGGGUGUUCUCCUUCCUGACGGAACUGUUCUUUGGGUCAAUGGUGCCAACCGUGGUGCCCAGGGAUUCGAGCUUGCUACUGACCCAACUUUCCCUGCUCUUCUUUAUGAUCCUACCAAGGCUCUAGGCGCUCGAUGGACCCAGCUCGCAUCUAGCACCAUCCCGAGAUUGUACCACUCUGUUGCCCUCUUGUUGCUUGAUGGAACUGUCAUGAUUACUGGAAGCAACCCUCACGAGAUGCCAAUCCUAGCUACCUCCGCAACCACUCCAUAUAUCACUGAUUUCCGUGUUGAGAAGUUCACUCCUCCCUACCUCCAGGGCGCAAAUGCAGCUCUCCGUCCUACCGCGAUGGUGCUUAGCUCCAAAUCCCUCCCUGCAAACGGAUCCACCUUUACUAUCAAAUUUAAUGUUCCUGUCACUGCUAAGGGCGUCAAAGUCUCACUUUACUAUGGUGGUUUCGUUACACACAGUGUCCACAUGGGCCACCGCAUGCUGUUCCUUGACAACACUGGUUUCGUUGCUGGCACCGCUGCGCAAACUAUCACCGUCACCAUGCCACCAAACAAGAACACCUGCCCACCAGGCCCUUAUGUUGUUUACGUGGUUGCUGAUGGUAUCCCAUCUGUCGGCCAGUUCGUCUCGGUCGUCUAA